AUGGACGACCCUGAAUCAUACCAAUACCAAUUAGAGCAAGUUGAGCUUGCAUUGGGCAGCGAUCCCAACAAUGAAGAGCUCAAGAAGCUGCAGCACGAUUUGAAAGAACUGAUCUCGUUAACGGCACAGCUUGAAGAACAACAACAGCAACAACAGUCUCCUUCAUCGCAGUCAGCAAAGAAGCAAGCGUCAAAGUCGGCGAGCCCUGUGACACCAUCAACACCCUAUGGAUCAUCUCCUUCAUCAUCACCAGCACCUGUGCUUAAGACACAUCAGUUUUCAGUAGGUCAAGAAGUAUUGGCUAGAUGGUCUGGUGAUAGUCAAUUUUAUCGAGCAACGAUUACAGCUAUUGGUGGUGCAGAUCAGGUUUUCUCCGUUGUAUUCCGUGGAUAUCAAGAGAACGAAUUCGUCAAAGCCGAGGAUAUCAAACCAUUGGACAAUAAGAGGAAAAAGGGAAUUUUUGAAGAUGUGAUGCCCACCAAAAAGACCAAGAAGGAUAGCAACAAAGAGAAACCCAGCAGUAGUGAGGGGCAACAGCAACAACAGCAACAACAACAAAAGCCAAAGAAGAAAAAAGUAUCUGAAGUGGAGGUCAAAAAGAAUGCAUGGCAGAACUUUGCAUCCAGUGCACAAAAACAAAAGAAGAAAGGAAGGAUGGCAGCAACACCUAUUAACAAAAAGAGUAUUUUCAAGACACCUGAUAAUCCUGAUAGUAAAGUGGGUGUUGUAGGUAGUGGACGAGGAAUGACAUCUUACCAGCAACGAGGCAAGCAUCUAUUCACUGAUUCCCCACAAGAAGAAGAGUAA